AUGUUGUGGAUCUGGCACGGAGGAGAAAGAGACGCAGCGGACACAAACACACACAAUGGCGACGGCGGCGGCGACCACGGCAGAGGAGGGCGGGCGGCGGAGGGCGGGCUCAGGCGGACGGCUACCGGCGGCCCGGCCGGCAGCGGUACCGCGGUGGGACGAAAGAAGGACGGCGGUCCGUCCACGAAGUUCUGGGAGAGUUCUGAGACGAUAUCGCAGCUGGAGACGGUUCGGCUGUGGGUCGGGAAGCACUACAAGAAGUAUGUCCAAAAUGACUCUCCCUCCAGUAAAUCCUUGGCUGGUCUGGUGGUCCAGCUGCUGCAGUUCCAGGAGGACGCGUUCGGACGCAGAGUCAACAACCCGGCUCUCACUAAGUUACCCGCCAAGUGUUUCCUGGAUUUCAAGGCGGGAGGUGCUCUCUGUCACAUCCUGGGCUCGGUCUACAAGUUUAAGAGCGAGCAGGGGUGGCGCAGAUUCGACCUGCAGAAUCCAUCCCGGAUGGACAGGAACGUGGAAAUGUUCUUAAACGUGGAGAAGAACUUGGUCCAGAAUAACUGCCUGACUCGACCGACUGUCUUCCUGUCGCCGGACAUUGAGCAGAAACAAGCCAGCAAGCUCAAAGACAUCAUCAAAAGACACCAGGGCUCCAUCACUGACGACAAGUCGAAGGCCACCCACCACAUUUACCCCUCUCUAUCCCAACAGGAAGAAGAAGAGUGGCUUCGUCCGGUCAUGAGGAAGGACAAGCAGGUGUUGGUGCACUGGGGUCUCUCCCCGGACAGCUAUGAUACCUGGGUAUCAGCCAGCGAGGUGGAUGGGGACGUGGAGGAACCACCGAGCACUGACAGACCAUGGAAGGUCCACGCCAAGUGGGUUAUGGACACCGACGCCUUCAACGAGUGGAUGAACGAAGAAGACUACGAGGUGGACGAGAACAAGAAGCCGGUCAGCUUCCGCCAGAGGAUUUUCCCCAAAGAGGAGGAGUCUUCCCGUACACCCGAUCGCAAGGAGCGCAAGGCCAACUCCGCCGGCAAGAAGAGGAGGCGCUCGCCCUCGCCGCCCAGCACUCCCGCCGAAUCCCGCAAGAAGGGAGGAAAGAAGGGGAACCCGGGGCCUCACUGGAAGCGACGGGGCCACAGAGGCGAAGAGGAGGACACGGAGGAGGACAUGACCAAGGACAUGGACGACUCCUCAGCUGGAGCCAGCAUGGAGGAGGGCAGCAUGUCCAAGAAUGCAAAUUCAAAGAAAGACAGUGAGAAUACUCCGGUCAAAGGAGGGAAUAUGGCCGACUUAGAUGACAUGGAGGACGACUCUGUGCUGUCUGGAGGAAAGGACGACGAGGAACAGGGCAAAGCCGAGAUCAACCGACUGAUCGACGCCGGCGAGGACAACGUGACUGAACAGACUCACCACAUCAUCAUCCCCAGCUACAGCGCUUGGUUCGACUACAACUGCAUCCAUGAGAUCGAGAGAAGAGCUCUGCCCGAAUUCUUUAACGGGAAGAACAAGUCCAAAACUCCUGAGAUCUACCUGGCCUACCGCAACUUCAUGAUCGACACAUACCGGCUGAACCCUCAGGAGUACCUCACCUCCACUUCCUGUCGCAGGAACUUGACCGGGGACGUCUGUGCCAUCAUGAGGGUUCACGCCUUCUUGGAGCAGUGGGGUUUGGUGAACUACCAGGUCGACGCCGACAGUCGCCCGUUGCCCAUGGGCCCCCCACCCACGCCUCACUUCACCGUGCUGGCUGACACACCGUCCGGCCUCAUGCCCCUGAACCACAGACCCCCACCGAUCCCCCCUCCACAGCAAAUGCCCAACUUCGCAGACAAAGGCAAAGACAAGGCCAUCGACCUGCAGAACUUCGGCCUUCGCACCGACCUCUACAACAAGAAAAACCCCAAGGGUAAAGCUGUCACCAUCACCAGGGAAUGGACCGAGCAGGAGACGCUCCUGCUGCUGGAGGCUCUGGAGAUGUUCAAGGACGACUGGAACAAAGUGUCCGAGCACAUCGGUUCACGCACCCAGGACGAGUGUAUCCUGCACUUCCUGCGGCUGCCCAUCGAGGAUCCGUACCUGGAGAGCACUGAAGCCUCCCUGGGCCCUCUGGCCUACCAGCCAAUCCCCUUCAGCCAGUCCGGAAACCCCGUCAUGAGCACAGUCGCCUUCCUGGCCUCUGUGGUCGAUCCCAGAGUGGCAUCUGCCGCCGCCAGGGCAGCUCUAGAGGAGUUCUCCCGUGUGCGCGAGGAGGUGCCGGCAGAGUUGGUGGAGGCUCACGUGAAAAAGGUUCAGGAGGCAGCCCGCAGCACGGGGAAGGUGGACCCCGCCUUCGGCCUGGAGAGCAGCGGCAUCGCUGGCACCGCCCCCGAGGAGCCAGAAAAGACCGAAAGCACAGAGGCAGAGAAGAUGGACACGGACUCCGACUCCCAGCAGGCCGAUAAGGCGGAGCUGAAGGACGAGGCUGAGAAACCCAGCGAGUCUGCAGAGAAGAGCGGCGACAAGACGGAGGCCGCCGACAAGGUGAAGAAGGAGGGAGCGGAGGCAUCGGAGCGCGAGGAGGAGAACGAAGAGGGAGGGGAGGCCAAGACGGCUCCAGCAGACAAAGACAAAGACGAAGCCAUGGAGACGUCGUCCUCGGAGCAGGACAAAGACAAAGAGGAGAAGGCGGCCUCGGAGGAGGGAGCGGAGGACAAGAGGAAGAAACUGGAGCACGACAUCGAAGAGGGGAACAUCGCCACCGCGGCCGCCGCCGCUCUGGCAUCUGCUGCCACCAAGGCCAAGCACUUGGCAGCUGUGGAGGAGAGGAAGAUCAAGUCCCUGGUGGCUCUGCUGGUGGAGACCCAGAUGAAGAAGCUGGAGAUCAAGCUGAGGCACUUCGAGGAACUCGAGACCAUCAUGGACCGAGAGAAAGAGGCCUUGGAGCUUCAGCGGCAGCAGCUUCUCACCGAGCGCCAGGCGUUCCACAUGGAGCAGCUCAAAUACGCAGAGAUGAAGGCGCGGCAGCAGAUGGAGCAGCAAGCCGCCGCUGCAGCGGCAGCCGCCGCCGCCCACGCUCAAGGCCACGGCCAGGCUCCGGGAUCUGGACCCCAUCCACCGGGCAUGCACCCCGGAGGGCCGCAGCCUCACCACGGAGCACCGGUGCCCCACCACGGAGGGCCUCCACCCGGAGGUGCCAUGCACCCCGGAUACCCUCCGAUGGGUCACCACCCCAUGGCCCCGCACCACCCAGGACAGACAGGACCGAUGGGACCGGGUCAGCCGAUGCCCGGGCGUAUGAUGCCCGGCCCGCCCUCCGCUGGGCCCCCUCCCGGCGGCAUGCCUCCCAUGAUGCCCCCACGCCACCCUGGCGCUCCCAACGGCAUGUACCCCGGCCCGCCACCCGCACAGCCUGAAGCGGUACCUGCAGUUCCUGUGGGUCCACCAGCGCCACCGACUGCUCGAGUGGCUGACAACUAAGAACCCACACACACACACACACACACACACACACACACACAAAACUCAACCGCC